GAUUCCACGUGGGUACGCGCAUAAGAUCCGUUUCCUGCUUGGAGGCGGUGGAGGGAAACUUGUGGCGAUGGGGAAACGGAGGCACCGGAGCCGAAGCCAGAGCCAGGUGCUGAAUAACCUCAGUAAGAAGCAGAAGAAGCACCUGCGGGACUUCGGGGAGGAGCACCCCUUCUACGACAGGGUUUCUGGAAAAGAAGCAAAGCCUCAAAUCUGCAAGCUGUCAGAGAAUUCAGAUCGUUCAGGUUCAGAGAGUGAUUCAGACAGUGAACCAGAAAAGAUCUCUGAAUACCACAAGUUACUUGCCACCCUGAAGAAUGUUUCAGAGGAGGAAGAAGAGGAGGAGGAAGAUGAAGAGGAGGAAGAGAGUGCUGUAGAAGAGGCAGAAGUGGAGAGUAAAGGAGACCAUAGUGACAGCAAUUUGGAGGAGGAGGAGGAGGAGGAAGAAGAAGAGGAGGAGGACGAGGACGAGGAGGAGGAACAGGAAGGAAAGAAGGGAGGAAAAGAGGCCGAUGUGGCCCCAUCUGACCCUGAGGAUAAAGAUGGGGAAGCACCUUCCCAAAAGAGAGCUGCUGAGGACGAAUUCACAGAUAGGAGACAUGAGUCAGAGUUCAGCCUGGAAACCAAUUUCCUCGAGGAGAGCGGAGACCACAAGGCCCUUCAGAAUGACGGUGGCUCUGCUGUGAAAGCCUCAGAAGAUCCAUUUCUACAACAUAUGAACAAAGAACUGAAAGAAAAAGAAAUCCAGGCUGUCGCCACAAACCCCAAAAUUACCCAGCAGCUAAAAUGGUCAACUCUGGGUCAGCUCGUCUUUUCAACCCAGUUUCCUACCCUGAAGACUUUUAAGCCUCCAAAGGACAUUGACUUGAUGAGUCUCCAUCUCCAGAAACCCUUGGAUUCCACAUGGCCCAAAAUCAAUAGCCAGUUCCUCUCUGGCCCCCCAAAACCAAGUGGGCCCUUCUCCCCUCUACAGAAAGAGCUCUUCUCAAUUAUGAACUCAUACCGGGACUUGUUAUACCCAGAAAGGACAGCAUUGGGGAAUGGGGAAGAGAUCCGUCAUGCGUACUGCCUUCAUGCCAUGAACCAUGUUCUCAAAGCCAAUUCCCAGGUGCUCAGCAAUAAUAGCAAACGCCGAGAUAAAAAACCGAGGGCAGGUGAUGAUGACGAUGCCUUCAGGGACCAGGGGCUCACUCGACCCAAGGUGUUAAUUGUUGUGCCUUUUCGGGAGGCUGCUCUCAGGGUGGUCCAGCUCUUCAUCGGUCUCCUAGAGGCAGGAAGCAAGAAGAAAAUAGAUGUGAGUAACAAAAAACGGUUUAAGGGAGAAUAUGGGUCUGACCCAGAUGAGAGACCUCCCAAUCUGAAGAGGCCCGAGGAUUAUGACGCUGUGUUUGCUGGCAACAUUGAUGACCACUUCCGGAUAGGAGUUGCAGUUCUUCAGCGAAGCAUCCGCCUUUAUGCUCCGUUUUACUCCUCAGACAUUCUUAUCGCCUCCCCUCUUGGUUUGAGGACCAUUAUUGGUGCAGAAGGAGAAAAGAAGAGGGACUUUGACUUCUUGUCUUCCAUAGAGCUUCUCAUCAUUGACCAAGUCGACAUUUACCUGAUGCAGAAUUGGGAGCAUGUCCUGCAUCUGAUGAAUCAUAUGAACUUACUUCCCUUGGACUCUCAUGGGGUGGACUUCUCCCGAGUGCGCAUGUGGAGCCUGAAUAACUGGUCCAAAUAUUACCGACAGACCCUGCUGUUUGGUGCCUUGCAGGAGGCCCAGAUCAACUCGGUCUUCAGCAAGUACUGCUCCAAUUACCAAGGGCAGGUCGCUGUGAGAAGCAUCCCAAUGACUGGCUCCAUUAGUCAGGUCCUGGUGCAGCUCCCGCAUGUCUUCCAGAGACUAGAAGCUGAAAACCUCGUUUCUGUAAUAGAUGCCAGGUUUCAUUUCUUUGUGGAUAAGAUCUUACCGCAGUAUCAAGAUGCAGUCAUGUCUCACACUCUUAUCUACGUCCCAUCCUACUUUGACUUUGUGCGGCUCCGAAAUUAUUUCAAAAAGGAGGAGUUAAACUUCACCCACAUCUGUGAAUACACCGAGAGGUCUGGUGUCUCCAGGGCCAGACACUUCUUCCUCCAAGGAGAACGUCAAUUUCUGCUUUUCACAGAACGUUUCCACUUCUAUAAAAGGUACACAAUAAAGGGCAUCAGGAAUCUGAUUUUCUAUGAAUUGCCAACCUAUCCCCAUUUCUACAGUGAAGUCUGCAAUAUGCUGAAAGCCACUGGUGGUGGGGAGGAAGCCACAUGGACCUGCACUGUCUUGUACUCGAAGUAUGAUGCCCAGAGAUUGGCAGCCGUGGUUGGCGUGGAGCGGGCCGCCCAGAUGCUUCAGUCCAAAAAGAACGUUCACCUCUUUAUUACUGGAGAAAAAUGAGUUGGGUUUUGGUGACUGGGGAAUGGGAUUAUGUAACUCACCCAAUGACCUGGUGCUGAAUGGAUGUGGUUUGGGGAGGCUGAUGCCAAGGAAGACCUGGCAGCAUCAUUUGUGCCUGGAUACAUCUAAAACAUGGCACCUUCUACGGGUGUGCUUGAAAAGUUCGUGUAAACUGAAUUUUUGUAAAUCAAAGACUAUUUUAAAUACUUAGGCGGGUAGGGACAGAGGAAGACAAGUUGAGAGACUCCCAUUUAAAAGAAGUAUCCAGCGGGAUCCUUCUGUAAAUAAUAGAUUAUUUUUGUAAUCACUCCCAGUUUAAGUUGGUAAGUUAGUACAUUUUGCCUAGCAAGUUGUUACAAAAGCAGGGCAUAGCUGUAAUGGGUUGUGCCAGUCAGAGAUGAGGCACAGAGUGGCUGGUGUGUAGAUAACCCCUUGUUGCUCUGUGUAAGGCAGAUAGGUGAUGCCUGUAGAACACUGGGCCUAGAGUCAGGAAGACUAAAUUCAGAUCUUGGGCAAGUCACUUAAUCACUGCCUGUCUCAGUUUCCUCAUCUAUAAAAUGAGGAUAAUUAUAGGACCUGCCUCCUCGGGUGGUCAUGAGGGUCAAAUGAGGUAAUGCUCAAUUCAUUAAACAUUUAUUAAGCAUCUACGAUCUGCCAGUUACCGUGCUAGCUGCUGGGGACACAAAUAAGAAAAAAGGAAGAGGCCCUGCCCCCAAGGAGCCUACAGUCUAGUGGGGGAAGACGCACAGAAGGAAGCUAGAAAGGGGAGGAGGUGUGUGAGGUUGGCUGGAGGGGAAUCUUGUUCCAUGGAGUCAGAAUCAAGCAAAGGUGCAGAUAGAAAGAAAUAAUAUUUGUUAAGUGCUUUGCGCUGUAUCUCACACAUACAGUAGGUGCUUAAUAAAUACUUAUUUCCUUCCUCUCUACUUAUUUUGUGUGUACAUCACUUUUAAAAAUUGUUGUUAUUUAUAUCCCUUUUGUUUCCCAGGGACAUAUCCCUAGUCUGACCCUCAGUAGAACUGUUCCUGUAACAAAUUAUGAUUAAGCAAGACAACCCAAUAUGUUGGCCAAGUUUAACAGUGUAUACCUUAUUCUGCACCUAUAGUCCACCACCUCUCUGCCAAGUGUCAAUGGUUACACUUGACCUAUGUCUUCUGAAAUCAUAAAUAGUCACAGCAUGAUCAGAGUGCUGAUGUUCUUCAUUAGCUUAUUUUACAUUAUUGAAAUCGUUGUGUACUUUUCUCUGCUUCUAUUUAAGUCUUGCCAAAUUUCUCUGAGUUAAUAUUAGAUUUCUUUUCACAGUGACACUGCAUUUCUAUACCACAAUUUGUUCAGCCAUUUCCCAAUGGAUGAGCACCCGUAUGUUGUUUAAUUCUUUGGCUUCUUCUAAAUCUCACCUAAAAUCCCACCUUUUACAGGAAGCCUCCUCUAGCCCCUCUUAAUUCCAGUGCCUUCUCCUUGUUAAUUAUUUCCUGUUUAUCCUGUAUAUAGCUUGUUUUGUACAUAUUUAUUUGUUGUUUCCCCCAUUAGAUUAUAAGCUCCUAGAGGGCAGGGACUGUCUUUUGCCUCUUUUGGUAUCUCCAGUGCUUAGCAUAGUGCCUGGCCCAUAGUAGGCACUCAAUAAAUGUUUAUUGAUGGAUUGUUACCACAAAAAACAGUAUAAAUACUUUGUAUAUUUGGGCCUUUCCCCCCUUCACCUUUGAAUUCCUGUAUAUGGUCAUUAUUGGUAUCACUGUGUCAAAGGAGAUUUUUAAAAAUGUUUAUUUUAUUUUUAUAUACAUAUAUAUAUAUAUAACACACCCUCCAUUUGGCAUUCAAAGCCCUUCAUAACCUAGCCCCUUCCCUGCUUUUCCAGUCUUCUUACACCUCAUUCCCCAACACUGCCCUAAAAUCUCACCUACAGUGGGACGCUUUCCCCAAGCCCUCUUAAUUCCAGUGCCUUCCCUCUGUUAAAUAUCUACUAUUUAUCCUGUAUAUAGCUUGCUUUGUGUACAUUUGUCGGCAUGUUGUUUUCCCUAUUAGAUUGUAAGCUCCUUGAGAGAAGGGACUGUCUUAUGCCUCUUUCUAUCUCCAAUGUGAGUAGCACAUAGCAGGUGCUUAAUAAAUGUUUAUUGAUUAAUUGC